GAGUGCCGCCGCCGUCGACUUCUUUUUGAAUUUAGGUACUGUCGUCACUGGCAAAACCUACCCAAGUUUUGGGUAGGAAAACUGGAGAUGUCAAGAAUUUAAAUGUGGGACCUUCUGCAUGCGAAGCAAGCGCCCUAUCACUGAGCCACGGUGCCUGUUCCAGAGACCUUGUCCAGUAUAAGCCAUUACUCAAGGAAAAAUAAACCAUGGCUUGGACUGAGUUCGGUGUCCUUAGUUGGCUCAGAGAGAGUCGACAGUCCCGGAAACUAAUCUUGUUGAUUGUCUUCAUUGCUCUGCUCUUGGACAACAUGCUGCUUACUGUAGUUGUGCCAAUUAUUCCCAGUUAUUUGUACAGCAUCCAACACCAUCAAAAUGCAACAGAAAUACAAACCAUUAGACCAGAUACACCUUCAUUAAACCUAAACAGUUUCCAAAGUAUCUUCUCCUAUUAUGACAAUUCUACAAUGUUUACUGGAAAUCGUUCUGAAGGGACAAGACCAGGAGAUUUUUAUCGUAGUCAGACAGAGCCAAUGGUUGUAAAUAUAACUAAGACAUCACCACCACCACCUGACUGCCCCAAGGAAGACAAAGACUUACUAAAUGAAAAUGUACAAGUUGGUUUGCUGUUUGCUUCCAAAGCAACUGUGCAACUCCUCACAAACCCUUUUAUAGGACCAAUGACAAAUAGAAUAGGCUAUCAGAUUCCCAUGUUUGCUGGCUUCUGCAUCAUGUUUAUUUCAACAAUUAUGUUUGCUUUUUCAGAAAGCUAUACAUUACUGUUUAUAGCAAGGUCACUCCAAGGAGUAGGUUCUUCUUGUUCUUCUGUAGCUGGGAUGGGUAUGCUGGCCAGCGUGUAUACAGAUGAUCAAGAAAGAGGCAAUGCAAUGGGGAUUGCCCUGGGAGGCAUGGCUAUGGGAGUAUUAGUGGGCCCACCUUUUGGAAGUGUGAUGUAUGAAUUUGUUGGGAAGGCCGCACCUUUCCUGGUGUUAGCAGCAUUAGCUCUUUUUGACGGAGCAAUACAGUUGCUAAUUCUACAGCCUUCUAGGAUUCAGCCAGAGAGUCAGAAAGGAGCAUCACUGCUGACACUCUUGAGGGAUCCUUACAUCCUUACUGCUGCAGGAUCAAUAUGUUUUUCAAAUAUGGCAAUUGCUAUGCUGGAACCAGCGCUGCCUAUCUGGAUGAUGGAGACAAUGUGUUCAAGAAAAUGGCAACUCGGUGUUGCUUUCAUUCCAGCCAGUGUCUCUUAUCUGAUUGGAACUAAUAUUUUUGGGGUUCUUGCACACAAAAUGGGACGGUGGCUUUGUGCACUAACUGGGAUGGCAAUAGUGGGAAUAAGCAUUUUGUGUGUACCACUUGCUAAAAACAUAUAUGGACUCAUAGCACCGAAUUUUGGGGUUGGCUUUGCCAUUGGAAUGGUUGAUUCUUCAAUGAUGCCUAUUAUGGGAUAUCUUGUUGAUCUGCGCCAUGUUUCAGUCUAUGGGAGUGUUUAUGCAAUUGCAGAUGUUGCAUUUUGCAUGGGAUUUGCUUUAGGUCCAUCUGUUGGUGGUGCCAUUGCAAAGGCCAUCGGGUUCCCAUGGCUCAUGACCAUUAUAGGAAUUAUUGACAUCCUCUUUGCUCCCCUGUGCUUGUUUCUGCGCAGUCCACCUGCCAGGGAAGAAAAAAUGGCAAUACUUAUGGACCACAACUACCACUUUAAAACCAAAAUGUAUACACAGAACAACAUCCGGUCACAUCCAGUAGGUGAUGAAGAAGAAUCAGAAAGUGAUGAGUAAUGUAUAAACGCCGCCUCAAGUAGUAUGUUGUGUAAAACAGUGUUUCCUGUGAAACAGCCCAUCAAAACAUUUUAGUUGCAUUGUCCUUUUAAUAGUGAAAUAGUUCCGAGAAACCAAAGGUAUAUUUAUGUAUUGCCCAUGAUUAUGAAGCACUGCCUUAUAAAAGAAAGAAAACAGAUUUUUAUAGGAGUUUGUUAUAGUGUUGAAUCUUUGUGUAUUUAAUAUUAUGCACUAUAUUUUUGAUUAAAUAAGUAGAGUACAUGUGUAAAUCUAAGUGCAGUUCUAUGCUUUUGAAAUGGUAAUUUGCAACCACUUUCCUUACUAUUCCAGAUUUUUAAUUUACAUGAUCAGAAAUGAGUGCCUGAAAGUAAAAAUAAUAACUAUAAAACAUUGUCAAUAUUUUUGCUUGAAAUGCCAAACUUGAUUUAUCAAAGAUGUAUCUUUCAGUAAACAAAAUUUACCCAAUAUUAAGAGAAAAUACUUUAUUGUAGGAUGUGGUAUUUGUGAAGAAAAACUUUGACAGAAUUAUUGGCUCAUAUUUUAGCUGGCACUAGUACAAAUACUUAUAAACAGAGGACAGGCAUUACCCUUCAAAAUGCUAUCUGCUUUAUUCAGUUAACCCAUAUCAGCUCUUGUUUGAGCAUUGCUGAUUAAAGCUUUUACCUUCAAAUUCUGAUGUACAGUCCAUCAUGUGAUGAUUCAGCUUCCAAGGAGGUGUUACUGGAGCUGCAAGCCAUGCAUUAAAGCUACAUUUUGUAGGAGAAAUCAGAUGCUUUGCUUUACACCCUUUUUUGGACACAUGGGAACAAAUACUCCCCUAAAUGGAGUUAAGACUAUUCAAAUAUGCUAGAACCAGAUUGGCCAAAGUUUGAGCCUCUUCACAUAGAUUUUAAAAGAAAUUAGAACAGGAACUCAGAAGCUUUAUUUUGAAAUUUUAUUUUUGGCCCAUCUGAUUUAUUUUUAAUGUUCAAGUCACAAAUCAUUUUAACAUCUCCUAAUAGCUUUUGCAUUUCUACACAAAAUACUAUUCAUUUGAGGUUUACCCAUUAAGUUCUGCUCUCAGGCACAAGCUGCUUGGUUCAUUUACUGGCCCAUCCCAGAAGGGAUCCCUGUCCUUGGGCAAUGGUUAUGCUUACUGAAUGUUGAAAUUCUAAACAACUGAUGAUCUCCCUUCUAGAGAGAAAGAAAAUGCAGGAUGGCGGUUUGGAGAGGGCUGUGUAGAUUGCUUGAUGGGAGGCAUGCAUCCUGCCCCUUCACUAUUGUAACUAAAUGGGCAACUCUGCAACUUGCUGAGCUCUUUGGCAGUGUUUGCCUAUGGUGGGGAGCUGAAAACAAAAAUCUAAAUAUUUUAGAAGCUAGACCACAUGUAAAGAUCAAGUAUUUAUGUAGUGUUGUGUAUAUGUCACUUUGCUUGAAAAAACUGAUCUCUGUGCCUUCUUUCAUGUAUCAGCAGAUGGUUUCUGUUUUAAACCAGAUGCCUGUUUACAUAGUUUUGUAAAGUGUGGGCUGGAUCCAGAUCUAGGCUGGUAAAGCAAACAUUCUUGUUCCCUCCUUCAUACAGCAGUACCUCAGGCCCCCAAAAAUGCUACAUAUAAGGGUCAGGGGAUUCUGCUGAACAGGGUAAGCUCCAGUACAUAGGAGAGGGAAAGAGCCCUGAAAAUUGAUCCAAGUCAAUCGGAUCCUUUUUAUUUAUGGAAGACAAGAUUCUGGUUCCAGCCCAAUAUAUAUUUAUUUUGGUAAAGGUAUGAAAUGCUGUAGAUAAACUGUUCUUGUUCUGUUAAUAAUUAUACAGAAAAAUAGGAACUGGAAUGUCAUUACAUCUCGAAUAAAAGGUAACAAUUUGA